GCGAAUUCCCGGGUGUGUGUCUGUGUCUGUCUGUGUCUCGCAGCGGCGCGCGGCCCCGGACAAGCGCUGGGGAUUCCCGUUUGAGGCGUCACUACUAUCACUGCCAUCACCCCACGGAGCCACUUCUAGAGGGGAGUAGACCCGGCUCUUCGCCGGGCAGAGAAGAUGUUGCCCCUGUCCAUCAAGGACGAUGAAUACAAACCACCCAAGUUCAAUCUGUUCGGCAAGAUCUCGGGCUGGUUUAGGUCUAUCCUGUCCGACAAGACGUCCCGGAACCUGUUUUUCUUCCUGUGCCUGAACCUCUCUUUCGCUUUUGUGGAACUACUCUACGGCAUCUGGAGCAACUGCUUAGGCUUGAUUUCCGACUCUUUUCACAUGUUUUUCGAUAGCACUGCCAUUUUGGCUGGACUGGCAGCUUCUGUUAUUUCAAAAUGGAGAGAUAAUGAUGCUUUCUCUUACGGGUAUGUUAGAGCGGAAGUUCUGGCUGGCUUUGUCAAUGGCCUAUUUUUGAUCUUCACUGCUUUUUUUAUUUUCUCAGAAGGAGUUGAGAGAGCAUUAGCCCCUCCAGAUGUCCACCAUGAGAGACUGCUACUUGUUUCCAUUCUUGGGUUUGUGGUAAACCUAAUAGGAAUAUUUGUUUUCAAACAUGGAGGUCAUGGACAUUCUCAUGGCUCUGGCCAUGGACACAGUCAUUCCCUCUUUAAUGGUGCUCUAGAUCAGGCACAUGGCCAUGUCGAUCAUUGCCAUAGCCAUGAAGUGAAACAUGGUGCUGCACAUAGCCAUGAUCAUGCUCACGGACAUGGACACUUUCAUUCUCAUGAUGGCCCCUCCUUAAAAGAAACAACAGGACCCAGCAGACAGAUUUUACAAGGUGUAUUUUUACAUAUCCUAGCAGAUACUCUUGGAAGUAUUGGUGUAAUUGCCUCUGCCAUCAUGAUGCAAAAUUUUGGUCUGAUGAUAGCAGAUCCUAUCUGUUCAAUUCUUAUAGCCAUUCUUAUAGUUGUAAGUGUUAUUCCUCUUUUAAGAGAAUCUGUUGGAAUAUUGAUGCAGAGAACUCCUCCCCUAUUAGAAAAUACUCUGCCUCAGUGCUAUCAGAGGGUGCAGCAGCUGCAAGGAGUUUACAGUUUACAGGAACAGCACUUCUGGACUUUGUGUUCUGACGUUUAUGUUGGGACCUUGAAAUUAAUAGUAGCACCUGAUGCUGAUGCUAGGUGGAUUUUAAGCCAAACACAUAAUAUUUUUACUCAGGCUGGAGUGAGGCAGCUCUAUGUACAGAUUGACUUUGCAGCCAUGUAGUGAAUGGAAAGAAAUUAUGCACCUUUUAUGGACCAAAUUUUUCUGGUACUGUACGAUCCAAAACAUUGUACCCAGCUUUUUAAAAGAGAGAAAUUAUCACUACAACUCCCGAGCACUAAGUAGACUGGGUAGAGUCAGCCGUUUACGCUCUGUGGGGAGUUCACAGCUAAGCGAUCAGAUUUAAGAGGAUAUCUCCUGGACUUUUGGUCUUUUCUUUUGUGCUCUUUCCUCCAAAUCUUUUUGACUUCUGAGGUUUUUGGUUUAGGGUGUUGAUUUGUCCUUUUUCUUUCUUUUUUUGUGUUUGGUUUUUGUUUGUUUGUUUUCAUGUUGAAUGCCCACACCAUCAUCCUCUCAUCCCAG